AUGUCAAGCAUAACAAGAUUAUUGCUUGUUGGGCAAUUUACAACGAAGAACGUACAAAGUGGACGGAGCUUCAUGCAUGGGACCGUUGGAGUAGAACAAUGCCCAGAGAGUUUGUUUGACAUAUAUAUCAACAAUUUGAAUUCCAUGCAAGGGGAUGUGUUGAGAAAACUCGAGGACAUGCCAUCGCGUACUACAUUUGGUGCUAAGAGGGUCAUAGUGGACAAGGCAGCACGGAAAGUAGUGGUGACUCACAAUUCGAAGAUUUUCUACAAAGUUGCAGAUUUCGAAUUUCCUGAAGAGUUGGUAGAGAACUUUCUUCAUCCUCCUGUAAUUAGUAUUUCAGAAGUGAAAGCAUCUCCAUCAAAGAAGAGGGUUAGUGUGACAGGAAAUGUGGGAGAGAUUGGUGAUGUCAGAAACGUUUCAGGCGGUAAAAGGCUCAGGACAAUAACGCUUAAUGACGGGGAUGAGGCAAUCAGACUGAGUUUGUGGGAGGAAUACACUGAUACAUGUGUUUGUAAGAAUUUAAUUGGAGAGGAUGAGAUUACUGUAACUUGCAAGUCAUGCACUGGUCCCUAUCAUGUUACUUGA